AAGACAUCCAUGAUUGGACAUGCGCAGAUCCGCCCAUUCCAACAGGUCCCAGAGCCGGGAGAGUUGUCGUGUGUCAGACUGUCAAUCCAUCCCACAGCCACCGAAACUCAUGAAGUCGGUCGGCAGGUAGUCUGUCAAGGAUAACAGAUAUUUCGAUCACAAAAAUUAGAUGAGGACGUUGGAAAAGGGUCGGAGAUGAGGUGGAGUUUGAAAUAAGUGAUACAUUCGGUCAUGGUGUCGAAAAAAAGUUUACGAUAGCCUACUUCUGUUCUCAGGCGAUAGGCUAAUUUUCCAAAACGCUAACACGAUAGCUAACAGCAACAUUAGCUUUCAAGCUAAAUUUUGUUUUAAUUAUGUAGUAUUUUUAUAGUUGCUUGAUGUGUGCAGUAGCUAGUUGGACUCAGUCUCUCUAAACUUGUGGAAUUCUGUGAACAACCACGUCGUAGACAGGAAGUGAUGUCUGAGGGGGCGGCCAGACCCCCGUCCCCAACCCACUCAGUCUCAUUGCUGGAGGCAAAAGCUGAAACCCGGCUGGUGCUCAAGUCCUUCUUGCGCAAUGCGCUGUCCGUUCCCCCAGCAGAGCGGCAAGGCAUGGUGGGUGGCACCUACCAUGACUCCAGUAAAUACAGUGCAGGAACAAAGUUAAAGAAGAAAGGGGACGAUGGCUGGGACUCAUGGGACGAGGCUAUCAGUAACGCUGAGGAGAAGAAGCACAGCUUUAAAGACCUGAUCAAGAGACGCCUGCGUCCCCGGCCGAUCCCACGCCCCGAGGCACCAUCCGGAGGCGGGACCUUGGAGAGGGACAGAAAACCUGUCCAAUCAGAGAAUGACCAGCCUACCACUUAUCCAGAGAUCCUGCAGAACAAGCUAGAGAAAGAUGGGGGCUCCUCGUCUUCCUUUUCUGAGGAAGAAGGGGAGAAGAAGAAGCAGGGCGAGGGAAGGAAAAAGAAGAAGAGCAAACUCAAAAUCCAUCUACCUGGAAUCUUCCAGAAGAAAAACAAGCCCAAGGAUAACGUGCCCCAGAGGCCGAGCACACUGGACCUCCGACCAGAGCUCCAGGACCCCCAGUCACAGCUCUCACCCUCCCACCCUCCUGAGUUCUAUGAGGAGGUUGCCGGUACUCUGGAGAGGAUCGCCAAGAAGAGCAUGAAGAGGCCCACACCUGUGUCGCCCCCUCUCACCCCUGGGGUUGGAGUCAACAUCAGCGCCCCCCAGAGUCAACCUUCAGCUGAGGACAAGAACGACGUGGUCCAGCAGUUGGUCCAGGUCCUCUGUGCAGAAGGUGACCUCAUCAAUGAGAAGAUCGAAGCCAGCCCGUUCUUGCGAUCCUCGUUGGUCCGCCUCUCAUAUCCAUCAUUCGCCAAGCUGCUGGACACCUGCGCCAGGCAAACAGAAGCCCCGCCGCAGCCCGUCCCUGCCAGCCCCACACUACGGAAACUGGCCCUCACCAUGGAGGCGUCCCGGCGCGUUCUCACGGCCACAGGUGCUCAUCAGCGCAUGAAGUGCUAUGCUGAACGUUACAUGGAGAACUUCGCUCCGUGGGUCAAGAGUCAAGGAGGCUGGGAAAGCAUUGUGGAUGAGAUCGUGGAAUAUGACUGACAGCAGGAACUAUGAUGAGCUUUUAGCGUGGACUUUUAACAUGAACUGUGGAUAAUGGAGUCAGUCAUGGACACGACAUGAAAACAAAAAGGGGAAGAAAUUAUCAUGUACAUUGUGAACUGGGUUUUGAGAUGAAAAGGACAAAUUAUUUGUAUUGUGUGCUUUUUAAACUAUUUUUUAAUGUUUUUUUAAAGAAAGCAUGAAAACA